GCCUGGUGCGUGGUGUCCCGGCGCUGCUCUACACGCUGCGCUCCAGCCGCCUGGUCGGGAAGCACCGGGGGGAAGUCAGUUUCCCAGGUGGUAAGUGUGAUCCCGAAGACCAAGAUGUAAUACAUACGGCCCUUCGGGAGACUCAAGAGGAGCUGGGCCUAGAGGUGCCCAAGGAGCAUGUGUGGGGUGCCCUGCAGCCUGUGUAUGACCGGGGAAAGGCAACCAUAGUCCCUGUGCUUGCCAACGUGGGCCCACUGGAUCUGCAGAGCCUCAGGCCCAACCCCGAGGAGGUGGAUGAGGUAUUUGAACUGUCUCUGGCCCACCUGCUGCAGACACAGAACCAAGGGUAUACCAACUUCUGCCAGGGUGGCCACUUCCGCUACACAAUGCCUGUCUUCUUGCGUGGACCACACCGUGUCUGGGGCCUCACAGCUGUCAUCACUGAAUUCACCCUGAAGUUGCUGGCCCCUGGCAUUUAUCAGCCCUACCUAGCUAUUCAAGAGGUGCCUAGGAGUUGAGGCUUGGCCUUUAAGUGCCUCUGCCUUCAUCUGAGCAGGCUACUCCAGAGCUAAUUAAAAGAGUCUUUGACAACUCUA